AUGAGUGAACUAAAUAAUAGUAGCAGUACAAAGAGAAAGAAGAAGAAUCAAAUGUCAAACAAAGAGUGUCACAAGAAGGAACGACUACAUAAUGACAAUGAAGGUGAUUAUGACCAACAACAUGUUGUUGUUGUUGUUGAUGAUGUAAUAAUACCAGCAACAACUACUACCACGACUACAACAACUACUACUACAACAUCCACAUUAGAGGAAUCAAGCAUACCUCCUCUUGAGGAUCAACAAGCUGAUGGAAUCGCAGCCUACAAUGUAUUCUCAAACAAAUUGUUGAGACAGAGGAUACUGCACUACCUACCCAUAUUUACAUUGAAGAGAUCAUUGAUGACACCAUGUGGUGAUGCACAAUGGAUAGGUGAUACAAGUGUACUACAACUCACUACUGAUGAACCAUAUAUCAACUCGGCAUGUUGGAGCUCAAAUAGAGUUAGACAUCUGGCGCACGGAUUCACCGCCACCUUUGGCUUCAGGAUGGGCAAGCCCGUCCCAUCUGGUCAUGACCCACGCACGGCAGAUGGCCUGGCCUUUGUAAUCCAGAACUCCAGACAGGGCAAAGAGGCCAUGUCCACAGGGGAGGGUGCUGGCAUGGGCUAUGGCGGCAUCGCCAACAGUGUGGCCAUUGAGUUUGACACGUGGAGAAACCGAGAGCAUGGUGAACUGGACAACAGCCACAUAUCCAUUCAGACCGGUGGCAGGAAGUCCAACUCACACAAGCAAUCGUACUCAAUCGGAUAUGCACCAGUGGUCAAGUUUCGAAUGGACGACUACGCGCCACAUAAUGUUGUCAUUGUCUACGACCCCGUGUCCACAGCCGCCAAACAUAUUACCGUGUCACUGGAUGGUGUACAAAUGUUAAAGAUCAACCUCGACCUGCAAGUACUACUACGUCUGGAGAACAAUGAUGAGGCCCACAUUGGAUUCACGGCGGCAACUGGUCAGCUGCAUCAAGAGCACAUCAUCGACUACUGCCACAUCUAUCGACUCAAUACAUCGUUCUAA